AUGUCACCAGUAUCACAGAGAUGGAAGGGUCAAUGUGAAAAUGGCUAUGCAUUUGAUCGUUCUCUUUGCAACAUAAAGCUCAUUAGGGCUCGAUAUUCUAGCAAAGCCAUCUUCGCUGAAUGUUGGAAAAUCAAUUAUACAUUCUACGACUCUUCACGAGACUUAUAUGGCCACAGAACCCACACAUCGUCCACUGCUGCUGGAAUUGAUAAAAAUUGCAAGAUCACAUGUGCCAAAGCCACAACUAAGGAUGAAGCAGGGUUCUUCGAAAGCAAGAACAAGCUCAAGUACGUAGCUGUCCGUCUAACUGAAGAACAAUUGCAUGGACUUCUCAAGCGCUUUGACAAGAACAAAGAUGGUCGCCUUAGCAUGCAGGAGAUGAGGAAUGCGUUCAAGAACCUCGGUUCAUAUUUCCCAGGAUGGAGAGCUGGUCGAGCCAUCUCUGUCGCUGACAUAAAUGGAGACGGUUUUAUUAGCGAGGCCGAGUUUGAAGAGCUUGUCAACUAUCCAGCACCCGGCGUCGGUGUUGAUGAGAUAUUUGACUAUGCCAAGACUGUGGAGCCGGGUUUGAGUGAUAAGAUGGACAGCUAA